AUGUUCUUCUACGAUUUUUAUCCACUACUCCCUUCAUUGAUGAUGAAUUCAGAGAGCACUGACGAACCCCUUGAUCUAACUGCAUCAGGACACUCGAACCAAGUAAAUGGGACUCUUAAAGAAGAGCAUAACUCAGGUUUAUCAGCAUCAUUUGUCCCAUGUCAACAUCAGGUUGGGGCCGAACUGCUCAGCUUUCAGCUUCAGAUAAAGCAGCAAGAGGUGGGCUUAUUGCGAGAAGGAAUGUUUAUGCUUCAAUUCGAAAAUACAUUGCUUCACCAACAAGUGCAACAAUUACAGCAGCAGAAUGAGAGACUUACGGAUCACUGCCAAAGAAUUCUGUCUUUCCUCAUUCCAAGCCCAAUCGUGACUCCAACUGAAACAUUGCCAACGCAAAUCAACACGGCUCCCGUGGAAUCCCUUCACGUUACCAGCAAUAGUUAUUACCCUCCUGGAUUCACAACCAUCGAAAACAACCACGAGAGUCAAUCGUUUUUAAUUGACAAUUUGCUCCAAUAA